AUGAUUGAGCAGGCGUGGAAAAUUCUCAAUACCAAAGUUGGAGAUCAAAGGAAAUUAAUGAAUAUGCCCUUAACCGAAAUUACAAAUCUCCAGCCAGUAAAGUGCAACUCGAAAUUGCUUUCUCACUAAGUGGCUAGAAUUCUUGGUUUCAUAAACAGCAUGGAUCAAACGGCUGA